AUGGCAGCGCGCCCCGUGCCCGGUGCGGCUGACAAGCCCCAGCGUCGUGUUGUGCCUGGCGCCCCUCCACCCGCUCCGUCCAAGGCUAGCAAGAAAGGAAAAACCUCGUCCAAGGCUGCUGCCGACGUCAAAGUACCCGAUGCAAAAUCAGCUGCACUCCUCCAAAAGGCGCCUGCAAAUCCAAACCAGGUUGCCAACGGCCUCAAAGUGACGAGUCAGGAUUUGGCCGAGCAAGCAGAGACGCAGGCUGCCGUCGCUGCCGUCGAAGCGGUCCAGUCCUCCGCUGCUCCUGUCGUCGAUGCUCCCUCCACACCUGCUCAGAAGGUCAUCAGCGAUCGCAUCAACGAGCUCUCGGCCAAAAGCAAGAAUGCCACCAUCACCGUAGCUAUCGACGAACUCAAGAGCCUUCUGAGCAAGGUGCAGGUCGCCGAAGCCGGGUCGGCCCCGUCUUCAUCCAAAGCCGGUACCGAGUCCGAGGGCAAGGCACGUCUGGUGCUCCUGCUGCAGUUCCUCCACCUCUUCAAUCUCUUCCAUCCGAAUCCGGCAGGCCCACCCUCCUUUGCCCCCCAGCGCAUCAUGCCGCCUGCACUCGAGAUGUCGACCGGACAGCAGGUGGCGGCCGUUGCGAAGAUCUACGACCAGCUCGCCAACGGACCUCUGGAAGGCGGAGGAGGCGAUGCGCUCCAGACCCUGGCCAGCAUCGAGCGUGGAUCCAAGGACGAAGUGCUGCCAGACGUCAGCUUCGACACGAUCAGGUCCAUGAUCCUCAAGCUCACCGCGCCACCCACUGCCAAUGCCGAUGCCGAUGCCGAUGCUGCGCGAGCAGCGCCGACAGGGCUCGAUGGACCCUCCAAGGGCUUCGUGCCGCUCGGCAAGGCGUCGUCCCCCGCAUCGCCCGUCUCGUUCAUGCAAGCCAGCGAGAUCCUGGAUCAGUCCGGCGCCGAGCCAGAAGGUGGCCAGCCAUCGGCCGUGCCUGCUGAGGGCGCCGAGGAGAGCCGCAAAGGAGAGCAGGCAGGAGCUGGUAUAGUUAUGGGCGAUGCGGCUGCGAUGUCGGGCAAGGCAGAUGGAACAGCUGCUUCGGCGGUCAAGGAGCCCGUCAACACCACCGUCGUUGCCGAGCCCAAGCUCAACUGGGCGGCGCUGGCCGAGGAGGACGAUGGCGAUCUUGGCGAGGCUCCCGUGUGGGAGCCGUUGCCGUCGUCGACCACGUCGGCGCUCGUCACGCCGGCACCAGGCACCCCCUCGGGCGGCGACGCAGCGGCCGCCCCAGCGUCUGAGGCACCGGCGUCGGGCGAAGUGGCCAACUCGCCGAGGACCAAGAAAGCCAAGAGCAACGGCGGCGCGGGACGUGCGGGUAACGGUGCAGGUGGUGCGAACGGCAAGCCGACGACGCCGAAGCCCAAGCCACAGCCCAAGGUGGACGAGGACGGGUUCAUCCUCCAGGAGAGCAAGCGCACAAAGUACUUGCAGCAGAAGCAGCAGCAGCAGCAGCGCGGCGGCGGCGGCGGCGGCGGCGGCGGUAGGGGCGGAAGGGGUGGGGCGAGUGCAGGCCGUGGCGGCAGAACCAACAAUGGCGCGCGCGGUAAGGGCGCACCCGCGCCCAGCACACAGUAA